CUGAUACAGUGCUAAGGGAGAGUUAGUAAACGACAACACUUUAUUUUUCUGCGUAUCUGAUCAUAAAGUGUCGAAAGAAAGUCCUUGUUGAAAUUUUCGAAUCGAGACUUCAGCAGUAAAUAAAUUCUGAAUUAUAUAUGUUUCGCCUUUUUGCGAUAGUGACGGUGCUCUUUAUGACGACUGACGCACAAUUGCACAGGACUUCAUUACACAAGAUGGAUUCCAUUCGAGAAUCUUCGAAAAACGUUGGCACCAACUUGCAAGAAAUUCUUUCGUUAAGUGAUAAUCUUCCUUCAAUACGUUUGACCAAUUUUAAAAACAUUCAUUACUAUGGCUCUGUUAAAAUUGGAACUCCACAGCAAAAAUUUAAAGUGAUAUUCGACGCUGGUUCCAAAGAUCUUUGGAUACUCUCCAAAAAAUGCACGCACCGUAUUUGUUGUAAUUCGUUGAUUUCAAAACAUAAUCAAUAUGAUAAUACAAGAUCCAAAACAUACAAUGAUAUAAGAAAUAGUAAAAAUUCUUAUCAUCCAGAUUUUCAUUUAUUUUAUAAAUAUUUUUUUGUAACAGGAAAUGUAGCAAUUGAUACUGUGAAUGUUGCCAACCUCAAUAUAGAGAAUCAAACAUUUCUAGAAGCGAUAGAUAUAAUUGACAAAAGUGGGACUGUCGACAAUAUGUGUGUACGAACAUUUGAUGGUAUCUUUGGCCUGAGAUCUCUUGAUUAUUUUAUUAUUAUAAUCAAUGAUAAUAGAAUGACGCCUCUCUUUGAUAACAUUAUUGAACAAGGUCUAGUGUCAUCACGCAUUUUCAGUUUUUAUCUAAAUAGAGACACUUCAGCCGAUUUAGGUGGCAAACUGAUAUUCGGUAGUUCUGAUCCUGCUUGUUACGAAGGAGAUUUUACAUAUAUUCCCGUUACUAGCAAACAAUACUGGCAAUUUACCAUUGAUAGUAUCCAAAUGAAUGAUAUUACUUGGUGCCUGGGAGGCUGCGAAGCUAUCGUUGAUACAAAUGCUUGGCAAAUAACUGGACCACAAUCAGAUAUUUCAAAUAUUUAUAGUUUUACUGAAACUAAUCCACAAGGAAUAGUGAACUGCGAUCGAAUUUUUCAAUUGGCUACAAUCAGGUUUAUUUUGGGUGGUAAAGCAUUCGAUCUUGCCGGUAAAGAUUACAUCAUUCGGCAUCCAGAUAAUGAAAGUAUAUGUAUAACCAUCUUCUACAAACAAGACAUAGUUGAAAAUAAUAAAUGGGUUCUGGGUAUUCCAUUUAUUGGCCGUUAUUACACCGAGUUUGAUAUGGAGAAGAACCGAGUGGGAUUUGCUUUGGCGAAAAAUUCAUCAAAACAUAUAGAAAAUAUUUCUUUGUCACCAUUUAUUGAUAGUAACUACACCGAGUUUGACAUAGAGGAAGACCGAGUGGGAUUUGCUUUGGCGAAAAAUUCAUCAAAACAUAUAGAAAAUAUUUCUUUGUCACCAUUUAUUGAUAGUAACUACACCGAGUUUGACAUAGAGGAAGACCGAGUGGGAUUUGCUUUGGCGAAAAAUUCAUCGAAAUAUAUGGAAAAUCUUUCAUUAUCAUCUUUUAUUGUAUAUCUUAUCAUCAAAUUUUUAAAUUAUUAGUUUAGUUUCUGAUAGGAAAAAAACUGAAUCUUUUUUAAUCGCCAACCGACAAAGUUUGCAUAUGAAUUUUUUCGUAAUAUGUAUAUAUUUGUAUAUAAUUGUUUCUUAAUUUUCAACAGCAAUACUUUAUCGUGAAAGCAGCUGAUAUGAGCUUAUUGUUAAUUAGAAUGCGAAUUUUUGCGAGUAGUGUCAUUUACUAAGUUCAUUAUUGCAUGGUCGUCUAGUCGAAAUAUAAUCAGUCUGUUCUUUCGAAACAAUAAUGUUUCCUUUAUUAUGAUUCUUAAUCACGCGCACAUUUAAUAAUUUAUUUUAAUGCAAUUUGUUUUAAUUAUAAAACAAAAUAUUAAAUAAAAUAUUUUUAAAUUUGAUUGAUCGAUAGGGCGGAUCGAUAACAAGGAUAUGUUUUGAAUUCGCGCGAUUGUAUAUAUAACAGCUGCUAAAUGUCGAUAAACGAGAGCUCUAAGAAUCGAAUACAAUUUAUUUUUUAUGUCUUUUUGUCCAGUCACAACGAAAGAUAGAAAGAAACUUGCUAGAAAGAUAGAAAGAAAUUUGCCAGAAAUUUCAAACACAUAUUACGCUUUCUCGUGGUGAUUGUGAUGUUGAUCGACGCGGAAAUCCAAAGCUAAAUUCACACUUUGUAUAUAUUAUA